ACAAGACCUGUCUUUUCGUUAUUUACUCUUUAGUCCCUCUCUUUCUCUAUAUUCUCUAUUCUCCCCCGCUUCUCCCGCUGCUGUUCUUCGUCUUCGUCUCCAAAGCUCUAACUUUUAUGGGGAUAGAUCUCAACACUGUGGACGGGGAUGGGGAGGAGGAGGAGGAGGAGGAGUCGCCGCUGCCGCCGCCGUGUUCUCGCGAGCACGCGCGCGGGCGUUCGGUGUGUCUUGAGCUCUGGCACGCGUGCGCCGGGCCGCUCGGCCCGCUGCCCAGAAAGGGAAGCCUUGUGGUUUACUUGCCCCAAGGCCAUCUCGAGCAGCUCGGUGCUCGCGGUGCUGUAGCCGGGGCGGGGUCGAGAAUUCCUCCUCAUGUUUUGUGCCGCGUUGUCGAUGUUCACCUUCUUGCGGAUGCCGCUACUGAUGAGGUUUAUGCACGGCUGGCUCUCGUUGCCGAAGAAAUGGACGCCGAGCAGGAAGAGGACGGGUGGGAGAAGGAUGGUAGUGGAGGAUGCAACUCCUCGGUGGUUCCCCAUAUGUUUUGCAAGACGCUCACCGCUUCUGAUACUAGUACGCAUGGUGGAUUCUCUGUUCCUCGCCGAGCUGCUGAAGAUUGCUUCCCUCCAUUGGAUUACAAACAGCUCAGGCCUUCCCAGGAGCUUGUUGCUAAGGAUUUGCAUGACAUGGAGUGGAGAUUCAGGCAUAUUUAUAGAGGACAACCUCGCAGGCAUCUUUUGACAACCGGGUGGAGUGCAUUUGUCAAUAAGAAGAAACUGGCUUCAGGGGAUGCGGUGCUCUUUCUUCGGGGAAAUGAUGGAGAACUCAGAUUGGGAAUAAGGAGAGCUGCACAACUUAAGAGUUGCAUUCCUUUUUCAGUGCUUUGUGGCCAGAGUUUGAAUAUCAGCACUUUUACUACUUUGGUUGAUGCUGUCUCGUCAAAAAAUGUGUUCCACAUUGAUUACAACCCAAGGUCAAGUCUGGCAGAGUUCAUAAUACCUUACUCAAAGUUUUUGAACGGUUUCAAGAAUUCAUUUUCAGUUGGUAUGAGGUUCAGAAUGAAGUACGAAAGUGAAGAUGCAACGGAGAGGAGGUGCACAGGGUUGAUUACUGGAAUUGGUGAUGCUGAUCCUGUCAGAUGGCCUGGUUCAAAAUGGAGAUGCCUAUUGGUGAGGUGGGAUGAUGAUGCAGUUAUAAAUCGACAGGAUAGGGUUUCUCCUUGGGAGGUUGAACCUAUUGGUUCAGCUUCUGGUCCAAAUGGUCUGACUACAUCUGGUUUGAAAAGAACCAGGAUCUGUCCACCUUCAAUCCAGCCGGACUUUCCGUUUGCAAAUGGAAGUGCUAUUACAGACUCGGGGGAAUCUACAAGAUUCCCGAAGGUCUUGCAAGGUCAAGAAAUGAUUUGUCUUCGAACUCCUCAUUAUGGGGUUGAUGUAGCAAGUUCUCAGGGUUCUGAGCUAAGAGGUCAUCAAUUCUCAGACAUUAGGAGUGGUAUCUCUAAUGGAGCUAGCUGCAUGUUAGCUAGCCGAGGAAACUACAUCGGAGUUCCCAUAGACAACUCUGAUGCUUCCUUCAAGUGCAUAGGCUUUGGAGAAUCCAUGCGAUUCCAUAAGGUCUUGCAAGGUCAAGAAAUUUUUCCAGGUAAUCCAUCACAGGGAGGAGCUUCUCUUGAUGCACACAUGGAAACCGAUAUUUUUGGAUUGCCGAAAGGUGUACACCCAUCUGAUGACGGGACCAGAUGGACGUCACCAAUCCAUGGCUACGGUACUCUACUUCAUCAGCCGAAACCAUCAGUUCAAGUGUCUUCACCAUCGUCCGUGUUGAUGUUUCGACAAGCAUGUUUGCAGUAUCCAAAUACAAGAUCAAUCUACAGCAUGAACGAUAAAGAUGAGCGCGGCAACUACCAUGGUUUCUUCAACUGUUCUGAAUUGUCUACGGGGAAUGAUUCAUCUCUUCCCUAUCAACCCCAUGCUGGAGCUGCAAGGAUUCACAAUCCCGCAUAUUUCACAGAGGCAGACUUGGAAAGCAACGAAAACAUCACUCGAAGUAGCUGCAGACUUUUCGGUUUCCCCUUAACCAAGGGUAUUCCGAUAGCAAAUGAAAUUGCCACUACUAUGUCUGCUUCCCCAGCUCCGCCGGACAUGAACCUUCCAGCUUUCUUCUCAUCAUCAAGUCUCGAGUGCUAAUAGAAAGCCUCCGAAGAGCAGUAAGCAGGCAUAUCUAUCUUUAAAUCGAAACAUCAGUAAUAUAAGGCGCGAGAUCAUUUUUCCUACGUGAAGAUGAUUUUGGUUAUAUAUCUUUGUGCUGUCUUGCAACAUUAUAUACCGACACUCGUCUUUUUAAAUCCGGUGGAAUCGACAUUCCAGGUUCAAUGAGCAUGAUGAUGUUUUUCCUCGCGGCCUCUCGUCAGCAACACCAGUCCAGAUGCAACAAUGCUCUCUCAACUCUGUUUAUCUGCUUGCUUGCUCUUCAAUGGUAACUGUUGCAACUGACUUCUAUUUAGCUCUUCAAGCAAUGCUUCCUACUAAUUAUUGUAAUUCUAUGUUAUCUUGCACAACUUCUAGACAAUGCAAUUGUUUGUUUAUGCAGUAUUAUUAAUUAUGCUUCUGCUGCCCUGUUUGGUACUUUA